UCUUCCUUUUUUUCAGUCUCUACAGCUCGCCUAUAAGUCUUCAAGAUACUGAGCGGACAGUAAGAGUUUAUUCUCCUUCACAGCGUUAAACUGAGUUUGCUGUUAUGGCCAUAUUUCAAACCUGGAUUUUUCAUCUGGAUCUCUGUGUCGUCAUUAUUCUCCUCAUUCACGCAGAUUAUUCAAAAUCCAAUCAAGAGGCAAAGAUUAAGCAGAACAUCAGCAAGACAGUGUUUUUAGGGAACACAGUUACACUUCACUGCAACAAAACAACAUUAGAUGAUGAUUUCACAUGGGGAAUGAACAACUCUGCUAUUUUUAGACAGAUUUCUAACAGAACUCAAACAAACUUCAGCUCAAACAGGAUUCACAUCGACCCAGCAGCUCCAAGAGAAUUAAAAAUACAGCAAAUACAAGCAUCCGAUGCAGGAAACUACACCUGUUAUCCAGCAGGAAUAAGGUGGACAUUAACAAUAACAGAAAACAGACCAUCAUCAUCAUCAUCAUCACCUGAACAAAUGCUGCUUAGCAUCAUCAUCUUCAUCACUAUUAUCUCAUGUUUUGGAGUCAUUCUGAUCUGUCUGAUCAGCAUUUGCUUUCACAAGAAGCAGAAGAGGCAGAAGAUAAAAUCUAGUUCAGGUGAAAAGGAUAAUCUGAUGAAGACCUUUGACUGUGACAAAAACACAACAACAGUCUGCGUCUACAGCCUUCACACAGUUUCUUGAACUUUUCUUCUCAACUCAGUGUUUGUGUCUGCUAAUUGUAUUCUGUUUUCAUUGUUGUGGAAAACAUAGACUAAUGUGUGUUUGCUCCUAAAAUUUCAA